CGGGAUGUGGCCCAUGGUAAGGGGAGGAGCCAAUGGAGUUUACAGCACCCAGAGAGAGUCAAAAGGAGGGAGUUAAACAGACACCAAGACAGAAAGAUAGAAUUGGGAGGAAAGAAGAGCUUUAGCAGUAUUGCACUUCAGAGGACUCAGUGCUCAGGAGAUAAACUGACAGAGGACAGAGCAGCAGUAAGUGAAACAGCUCUUUGAUGAAAGGAAGAAAAAUUACUCAAAUGACCAUGUGAUGCUCAUGUAUAAUUACAUAAUUCAUAAUUAUACAUGAUUAUAUAAAGGAAAAGAGAAAGAGAGAGAGAGAGAGACAGAGCACUAGUCGGAAAAAGGAAAUCUCCAUCUGCCACUGUUCUAGCCUUUGUGCUGGGUACAUUGGGAUGGCCUUCAGGAGUCUGCUCUUACUGACUGGACUGGCUCUUGUGGCCUUGUCUGAGGGGGCAAGACAGAGACAAAACUCUCAACGGAAAAGACAGAAGAGAGAAUGGAUCAUCAGUCCUAAGCUCCUGACUGAGAAUGAAGAUCACAGACACCUGGAUUUUGUGGCCAAAAUCCGAUCAGACCGGGAUGAUGGACUCCCUGUGGUCUACUCCCUGAAAGGGCUUGGGGCAGACGAGAACCCGGUAAACCUAUUCAUAGUCAACAAAGACGGCCUAGUCAAGAUUACCGCCAUUCUGGACCGAGAGCAGCAUUCAGAAUACAAUAUGACUGGUUAUGCAAAGUUCAAACAUAAUGAUUCCCUGGCAGAGGCCCCCAUUGCAGUAAAUGUAAAGGUACAGGACAUGAAUGACAAUGCUCCAGUUUUACCACAACUGCCAACUGUCAGCAUCUAUGAGGAUAGCCCAGAAGGAACAUUCGUGGCGCAAGUGCAUGCAAUGGAUGCGGAUGAGCCAGGAACCGCUCACGUGACUAUCGCCUACAGCGUGGUGAAGCAGGAGCCAGAGGAUGGCAAGAUACAUUUCCGUGCUGAUAAAGCCACUGGCAAGAUUUAUGUCCAGUCUGAACUAGACAGAGAGAAAACCAGCUCCUACAUCCUCACUGUCCAGGCAGCAGACAUGGGAGGUGAGCCAGGGGGACUGACAGGAACAUCCACCAUGAUGGUGCACAUCUUGGACGUCAACGACAUAGUCCCCAAACUGGAAAAGGAUGAGUUUUCAGUAAGUAUUGAUGAGAAUGUCGAAGAUGUCGAGGUAAUGCGCUUCAAAGCCUUGGAUGAUGACCUUAGAGGAUCAGACAAUUGGCUAGCUGUGUUUCACAUUGUGUCAGGAAAUGAGGAUGACUACUUCAGCGUUUACACCGACCCCAGGACUAACGAGGGUGUGCUGAUGCUCAAGAAGGCUGUUGAUUUUGAGGCAGUUCCUAACCUGAACCUGGGGGUUGUGGUGAUGAAUCAAGCACCUGAAGGAGCCAGGGUACCAGGAGAUGCAGGAGGCUCUGGUGGUGCCGGUGGUGGUGGUGGAGGAGGAACAGGAGGGCCUGGUGGAGGAGGAGGGACAGGAGGGCCUGGUGGAGCAGGAGGGACAGCAUGGUCUAGUGGAGCAGGGGGAACAGGAGGGCCUGGGGGUGUAGGAUGGCCUGGUGGUGGAGGAGGAGGACCUGCUGGGGUUCCAGGAGGUACGGGGACUCUUGGAAAGCCUGGACAACCAGGGACUGGAGGGACUUGGAGCAUUUCUUCAAAGUAUAAAAGCUACCCAGUGAAGGUCAGUGUGAACAACAAACCAGAUGGGCCAGUCUACCGCCCAAGCACCAAGCCCAUCUCCCUCCCAGAGGGCAAAGGACAACUCUCCAUCCCCAAGGUCAUUUGCACCUUUCCUGCCACGGAUGGAGAUUCAGGAGAACAGGCCCAGGAUGUCAGGUAUGCAAAAGGUUAUGACCCUGGAAACUGGUUCACCAUUGAUGAAGAGACAGCUGAAAUCACACUCAAUAAGAUGCCUGACCGGGAGUCUCCGUAUGUGGUGAAUGGGACCUACCUGGCCAAGAUUCUCUGUAUGACAAAUGGAAUGCCCACCCAGACAGCCACGGGGACCAUUGCAGUGCAUGUGGAGGACACUAAUGACAACUGCCCCACGCUCACCAGCCACGUGCAGUACCUGUGCAGUGACACUAAGGUGGUGAAUGUGACAGCAGAGGAUUUGGAUGGAGACCCUAACGGUCCGCCGCUUGAGUUCACGCUGCUGGAUGAGGGUGUGGGGGUGAAGUGGAGGCUUCAGCAGACCGGAGAUGCUUCAGCAGCGCUGUGGGCUGAAGAUGGUCUUUGGCCUGGCCUCUAUGAGGUCACGUUUAAGAUACGAGACCAGCAGGGGUUGGCCUGUCCUGACAGACAGGUCCUCGAAUUGGAGGUGUGCACCUGCCAAGAGGGCUUGACUUCCUGUGCUUUAAAACUGGAACAAGUGCAGUCAGGGGUUACAACCAGCAAGAAGUCAUUCCAAUUGGGAGAAGCCGCAGUGGGAGGGAUGCUGUUAGGCCUCCUUGCACUCCUGUUGGUCCCACUGAUGGCUUUGUUCUGCUCCUGUGGAGGAACCAGUGGGCUUGCAGGAGGCUUCACUGACCUACCCUUUGACGCCAAGACUCAUCUCAUCUCCUAUCACACCGAGGGAAAGGGAGAGGACCGGGAGGUUCCUCUGAUGAGUGUUCCGGUACUGAUCUCCAAAGAAAUUCCAGUUACUGCUUCCGCAAAAAUGGCUACCGCCACCAUGGUGAGCAGGCAGAUGCAGGAGAAUGCAUUCAGAGGCUUUAAUGACUAUGAUGAGUCAGAGAUGGGGAACAUGGACUCCAGUGCCCAUUGGGAUUAUACUUCAGAUCUGCUGGAGAUGACAGAGGAGGAUCAGCUCUCAUUCAUGGCACUACCAGGCACAUUUCUGGACCAUUACUUCUCACAGAAAGCAGAGCAUACAGCAGUGACUUCUUGUCCGAGGGACAAUCUGUUGGUGUAUGAAUACGAGGGACGGGGAUCCCCCGCUAACUCUGUGGGCUGCUGCAGCCUCCUCGAGUCUGAGGAUGACCUCCAGUUUCUAGACGACUUGGGGCCAAAGUUCACCACCCUCGCCCAGAUCUGUGGAUACUCCAAAGGCACAAGCCUAAAAAUGGACCAUCAGAUCACACCUCCCAUGUCAGAAAUGGACACCAGAAACAUCAUGACCACUGAUGUUAAAAAACAGACAAGGGAGUCCAGGUCCUCAAGCAUCCGCAACCACGAGGCACCACCUGUGCGCAUGGAGAGGAGCGUCAGCUUUGUGGAGGAACACAGCCCACCCCCACUUCCCAGGAUGCAACUGUGUGAGACCAUGGCCAUGCCCACCCAGACUGUGUUGGUGCAGCAGCAGCCCCUGUACUACAUGGUGGAGCCGCAGGUUCAGAGCAGAGUGCUGCUGGCUGAGAGGCCCCCAGUGGGUCUUGGUCAGGGAGUGAUCCUGGUGAACGGGAGCCAGGCAGCCACAGAGAGGGUGCUGCUGCAGGGGGGAGGGCUAGUGCAGGGAGGAGGUCUAAUGCAGGGAGGAGGUCUAGUGCAGGGAGGAGGUCUAGUGCAGGGGGGAGGUCUAGUGCUGCAGCAGGGCGGGCAUGUUCAAGGGGCUCAGGGGAUGCUAAUACAAAAUGGUCAACAUGUUCCUGGAUCUCUGGAGUCUCCAGGCCUGUUCCUGGUGAGCAGCGGCCAGGCAGCCUCCGGGGGGUUGGUCCAUCAAGGAGACGGGCUGGUACAGGGAGGGCAGAUGGUAGAGGUGCAGGGGGAUCAGCAGCACAGUCCUGGAUCUCUGACCAUGUUUCUGAUGAACAAAGGGCAGACACUUGGGCCCGGAUCCCCUCUCACCAGCCAGCCUCUGCAUGCAGCCAACACGUGCGGCUCUCCAGUGCUGCUUGUGGACGGAGGCAUGAGGCAGGGAGGGGAAAUCCAGCUAGACACCAUGCAGCGAUGUUCUACUAAGGCUCAGGUUGUGCAUGGGUCUCAAUUUUUUGUGGAAGCACAGACCUUACCCAGAGGUCCGAUUCUGUAGGGGGAUGGGCACAUCCAAAGAGAACCCCGGAGAGGGUCCAGUAGCGGUAGAGUGUGUGUGGGUGGCCCAAUGCCCGCUCAAAGGGUUAUGCUUGAUCAGAAGCCAACUGGCACUGGGCAGGUGUCCACAGGGCAGAAGGGCCUGCAGCAGCUUGAGGUUUUUCCCCAGGGUGGAGUACAGGGAGUUUGAGGGAG